AUGGUGAGCACCCCAAAACCGGGCAAGGCUGGCCCGCGGUGGCAGCCGGUGCUGCUGGCGCUGGCGGGGCCGGCGGCGGCCGGGGACCCCGCGGUGGCUCGCAAUGACCGGACGGUGGCCGCGCUGGUGGGGCUCCUGCUGUUCCUGGCGCUGGGGCUGGCGCUGGCCUGGCACCACCUGUGCCGCCUCUCGGCCGGGCGCUACCACCCCCGGCCCUUGGGCCGCCGGGCGCUGGAGCUGCUGCGGGGACAGUGGCACCGGCUGCGCUCACCGGAGGACCCUGCCGUGGCCCUCGGGGACGGUGACAGAGAGGUGGUGGCCGUGCGGGACGAGGAGGAAGAGCUGAUGCCCUGGUGCUUGGAGCGGCGGCCAGAGAAGGAUGAGGAUGAGCAGGAGGAGGAUGAGCAAGAGGAGGAUGAGGAAGAGGCCGAAGCAGCGGCAGAGGGCGGGGAGAGGCCCCUGAGUGAGGGGGAUGUGGCGGGGGGCAGCGCCGAGGCCCUGCUCAGUGACCUGCACGCCUUCUCGGGGACAGCGGCCUGGGGGGACACGCGGCCACACGUCACCGCCUUGUGA